CAAACGGUUUUCUAAAACUCAUUCCCCAAAUUCCAACUCUCUCUCUUCAAACCCAAAGCCACACAACACACCCUCUCUCCAACUUCAACAACAAUGGCGGCUCCCCGGCGAAAUCUCCAACUCACUUCCCUCUCCGUCGAUCUCAACAUUUGCAGACCUAAGCUCCUCUCUCACUUCUUCCACCACCUCAAACCAAAGCCCUCCCCCAAAUCCCCCAACCAUCAUCAUCAUCGCUUCUCCUCCGCUUCCUCCGACUCCGAAUCCCCUCCCUUCUCCGACUCCGACUCCGAGACCAGAACCUCGAUCACGUUCCGAGGCUUCGGUCGGAGCGGGGGGGAGAGUGUUGCUGUUGAGAAGGAUUCGGACGAUCCGUACCUGGAUUUCCGACACUCGAUGGUUCAAAUGAUUCUGGAGAACGAGAUAUACUCGAAGGAAGAUUUGAGAGGGCUUCUUCGGUGUUUCUUGCAAUUGAAUUCUCCUUCUCACCAUGGAAUUAUAGUUAGGGCUUUUUCUGAGAUUUGGGACUCUGUUUUUUCAUCCACUUCCCCCAUUUUACGCUUUUGAUUGAUCUUAACAUCGUCAACUCCUCGUUCUCUUUUGAUCUUUUGGUUGAAAAGAGUUUUAUUAUUAUUAUUAUUAUUAUUAUUAUUAUUCUUUUUCUUCUUCUUUUUGAAAUGUAUGUAUAAAUCUCUACCACUUCUUUUCUGUUUUUAUUUGAUAUCAACUCUCUCCCCAUCCAAAUGCUUCUCUUCCA